UUUUAAUUUUUGUAUAUAUAAAGAGAAUUAAAAAAUUUCCAAAUUCAUAAAGAAUGUUUGCAAAGAUUCUAUGAAGAAUUUAUUAAAUUUUUUUUUAUUUUUAUCAGAAAAAAAUCAAAUGAAUGGUAUAUUGAGAAAUGUUUAAAUUGUUUGGCAAAAUUGGUUCAUCAACGAAAUUUGGUCAUCAUCAGAAUGUUGGUAAUAAAUUUUCAAUAAUUUCUACAAAUUAUCCAUCCUUUAUGAUUGGCUGCCAUCACCAUCACCAUCACCAUCACCAUCAUCGAAAUCAGAAUUUUACAUCAAUUUUAAUUCUACACCAUCAUAAUGGUCCAUCUAAUAAUAAAACUGCCUCAAAUCUACGGUUUCUUUCAUCAAUACAGCAACAGACUAAAUUGAUUCAUUCAGAUGAUGAAUCUACUACCACGACAUCGGCAACAGCAACAGCUGAAGAUUUGCUGCCUAAACCAUCAUCAUCAUCAUCAUCAGCGAUCAUUGAAUAUGAUGAACAUCGUUUUCGAGAAUUAUCAAAAGAAUUUUCAAAAUCAUUAGAUAAAAAUCAAUUAACCAAUAUUGAAAAUGUAUGGAAAGAUAUUCAACCAUCAACGAUAUCGAAUGUUUUGAAUGAUUAUUCAAAAUUGGCUAAAAUCAAAUUAACCGGUCUGGUUGUAUUGACAACAAUGGCCGGUUUUUAUAUGGCUAUCGAAUCAUCGGUAAAUCCAACGAUAUUAGCAUCAACUUUGAUUGGAACGGCAUUGACAUCAGGAUCAGCUGCUGCAUGGAAUCAUUUUCUUGAAGUACCAUUCGAUUCACAGAUGCGUCGUACGCAAGCACGACCAUUAGUUCAAGGAUCAUUAACACCAUUACAUGCGGCAACAUUUGCUACGAUUACCGGUGUUGCGGGACUUUCAAUAUUAGCCACCUAUGUUAAUCCAUUGACAGCAUUAUUGGGUGGUAUUAAUCUUUGUCUCUAUUCAUUCAUGUAUACACCAAUGAAACGUGUACAUAUUGUUAAUACUUGGAUCGGUGCAAUUGUUGGUGCCAUUCCACCAAUUAUGGGAUUCACUGCUGUCAAUAAUUUUAUUGAUUUACCAUCAUUAUUAUUAGGUUUGAUAUUAUAUUCAUGGCAAUUUCCACAUUUCAAUGCACUUUCAUGGAAUAUGCGUCAUGAAUAUGCACGUGCUGGUUAUCGUAUGAUGUCCGUAACUAAUCCACGAUUAUGUCAACAAACAGCAUUACGACAUUCAACGCUAUUAUUAGGCUAUACGGCAGCAAUGUGUGCAACGGAUAUGACACAUUGGUCAUUCGGUAUCGAUUCAUUACCAUUUUCGUUAUAUCUUGUCUAUCUUUCAUAUCGAUUUCAACGGGAACCAUCAUCACAGACAUCGAGAAAAUUAUUUCUUUAUUCAUUAAUCUAUUUACCUGUUAUUAUGUUAUUGAUGGUUAUAUCGAAAAAUCGUAAAUCGUCCAGGAAUCAGGAAAGAAAAAAAACAAACUGAAUAGUCAAAA